AAAAAAUAAAAAAAAAAAAGGGAAAGGAAAGAGAGAAGGAUCUUCUCUGAGUCACCGCGUCGUAGAUUACUCAGAAAGGUCGUGAGUUUAUCUUUGCUUGAAAGGCGAGAAAAGGGAACAAACGGAGUUUUCGGUUGCGCAGGAUUCUUUGUUCGAUCGGCGAAUUCUUCCAGCGAUGUUCAAUUUCUGGGGCUCAAAGGAUCAACAAGGGCAGUCUCGCCCUUCUGAAUCUUCUUCCCAGCCAUGGUAUUCUCCAUCUCUUGUCAGUUCACCGAGCUCGUCCCGGCCUCCAACAUCGAGCCAGAUCCCGUCUCAUGUUUCCCCGGGGGAAGCUGCUGGUAUUAUCACUGUCUUGAAAGAUAAAAGUGUGGAUGAACUAAGGAAGCUACUCACUGACAAGGAUGCGUAUCAGCAUUUUCUGCUCUCGCUAGACCAGGUCAAAAUUCAGAACAAUAUCAGAGACGAGCUUCGCAAGGAAACAUUGCAGCUUGCUAGAGAGAACUUGGACAAGGAGCCACAGAUAAUGGAGCUCAGGAACCAAUGUCGAAUAAUCCGUACAACCGAGCUUGCUGCUGCUCAGGAGAAGCUAAGUGAGCUCGAGAGGCAAAAAGAAGAGAUCCUUAAGUUCUACUCACCUGGUUCUCUGCUUCAUAGACUUCAAGAUGCUAUGAACAAGGCGGAAGAGGAAUCCGAGAUCUUGCACCAGAAAUUCCUGGAGAAGGAGAUCGAUACGGCGGCUUUCGUGCAGAAAUACAAGAAACUACGUUCCACCUAUCAUCGUCGUGCAUUGAUUCAUCUCUCUGCUAAGACCUCCUCGAUGAUGUGAAAUGAAAUGAAAGAAAUGAAACAGAACAAAACAAAACUAAACUUGCUUUUACUGCUUUGGGUUGAGACAUUCCUUCCAUGUAGCUCUGUCUUUGUUUUGUAUAUGUGAUAAUGCUGAGAUUUUGUCAUUUAUUUUAUCUUUGAUUUGAACCCUAAAAUGGUCAAUUGUUUUUAUAUAUUGUAUUUUUCA